AUGGCGACUUCACAACCGCCUGCCAGGAACAAACCUGCGGCGAAGAAGCGCCUGACGAAGCACUAUGUGAUGACGGAGGUUUUCCCCGAAGUGGUGCCACGUUCUCGGUUACAUCUAGACCUCGCAUGUGGCGUGUGUCUCGGGGAAUUCCAAGAUGACCAUUGCUCAGAAGGGCAUCACACUAGCCAUGACACAACUGCCACGAAACCCUCGCCGAGUGAAGUUCUCAUCGAGAUUUCGGAGAGUCCUGUUGAAGAACUCUCUCUCGGCGAUCCUUCGUCUUCCCGUUAUCCAUCCUCCUCCUCAACGUCUCUUCGCCCCGAGCGAAAUCCGUCUCGGUUGCCACCACCUGCUCGUUCUUCACGCGGCUUACUGUCAUAUUCCCCGCCGUCUCUUCUGCCUCUCGGCUUGAUCUCCGGCUGCACUCACGUUUUUCACCAUUUCUGCAUCGAAAAAUGGGGUUGCACGAGGGAGAAUUCUUGCCCCCAGUGCAAGUCCAGGUUCUCCUGGUUGGCGCGCUAUUCACGAACAGGCGAGCGACAGACUCUAGUACCAGUUCGGAAACGGGAUCAAAAGAAUACGCAGCUAGAGGAGGAUAGUUCUGACGACCUUAUCGCCCUUGUCGAAAAUGUUUAUGGAUCUGGGAAGUGCCCCGCUUGCGGUCAGAACGUCCACAAUGACGACAACAUCCUCGUGUGUGAGGACCAGUUCUGCGGUGAGCGGUACCAUCGCGCGUGCUGCAUCCUUUUUCCGUCUCGCGUGGACCACAGCGGGCCGUGGAUCUGUCCACUCUGUCGGGAGUCCGGUCGCCCCUGUAUAGAUGAAGAGGGCAGGCGGAUUCCGCGGCAUCAGAUCAUGGAAAAUGGAUUCGUGGACUCGAGACGGAGGCUGCGACGAAGGCCACAGAGAAGGCAAGGCAGGUCGAGUGUGUCGAGCCGCCGAGAGCGGCGAAGUCGCUCGGCCACGUCAAGGCGGGCGCUGUCCCUGAGGGAGCUCAGCGAGAGCGAUUUUCCAGACGGGCCCACCAGCGACCGCGCGAACGUGCGAGAGUUGGAGGAGACCCAAUCUUUGCAAUCGCGGCGCGAUGACACUCGUGCUAACAACAGGGUGGUCACUGCUCAGACUUUGGGAGGCGACGAGAAACCGCCUCUGACGGACCGCAGCGAUGCUGCGGCUGCCGCGGCAGGACAGGAAACGACAGGUGAGAAAGUCACAACCGGGGGGAACAAGGACAACGCAAGAUUUGGUGAAGGCGUAGGUACAGCACUAUACCAGAGGGGUGGAGCACCUGUGUCCUACCGAUCAGGAUCUGCCUCGGAGGACGGCGGUAGAAGGGCUACUCGGAAGAGCAAUCGCGAUGGGGAACCCGCUCAAGGGCCCCAGAAGGCGGGGACGCCACAGGGAGACGAUACAUCAGUCCACUGGCUCGAGGACAUUCUCAACUGGGGCGACUCUAUUCAACAGAGAGCUUUAACGCUGGAGAAGCACUUAACCAGACUGGUGGAAAUGGGCUGGGAGUAUUCCCGGUGUCCAGGUCCGAGCGACUGUCUGAACACGACUGUGGGUCAGCCAGCUACCUUGGCACCAAGUUCGCCGAAUGAGGACAGGGACGAAGAAGCGGUGAGGAAAGAAUCCGUGUCUGGCUGCGGCGUCGCAACAGGGUCUCCGGAGCCGGUUCCUGGGCUGCCCUGGCGUCCUCCGCCCCGCCGGCGGAUCCCGAUCAAUACGGAAAUGCUUACUUGUGGCGCAUUUCGACCUAAACGUCAGAUUCAUUUUCCUGGUCCCUCGUCAGUUCUGCUCGCGCGACGCAGGCAAUUUUCUUCUGUUUCUAAUCGACGCAGUGGUGUGCCACGCCAGGCGGCCCCGUGCCACAGACGUGUCUCCAGCAGACCAGAAACUGCGGCAGGCUCCCGUUUUGUUGAGUAUCGGGACUGUGAUCAUAAUCAGUACACACCAAACUGUCAAUCUGUUUUCUUCGAAGACACGCGGUCAAAGUCAGGUAUUUCAGCGGAUUCGAGUGAAGUUUCUGUGGCCGGACGCACUUUCACAGAUAAGGCGCUGGACGCCAAGUCCGGGACUUGCAACGGUUCUAGGUCCACACUGUCAGCUACCCCGGCUUCAGCGCUGUCCGGUGUCGCCUUCGCCCGCCCUGGUGCGUACCCUUCCUCUUUGGCUGCUGCAGCCUCUAGAGAUUCUUCACCAAUCUGUUCUUCGAAUGCGUCUGUGUCUUCUUCCUCUGCUCCGUUGAAGGGCGUGUCUGCAUCUCGUAAUCCCCCUCCGUUUGUCGGCAUCGCCAAAGGGGACUGUAGCAGAAAUGUAGCUGCCGUCGGCGGGAACGAUGCACCCGCGCCUGGUCGUAGCAAAGACCCGGAUUAUGCUGAGGGCAUUUUACUUCGCAAGCAAAGGAGGAACAAAGUGGACGUCGCCUCGCAUCAUUCGGAAGAUGGACGAGAAGGCUUUCCUGCCACAUCAGAAGGCAAAGAUGGCUUCUCUCAUGCGGGUCACCUCAUUGGUGGCAGAGAGGCAUAUCGUGUCCAUCACUCGCUUCAGAGGAGCCAGGGAGAUUCCGACGCAGUGGUCCACCACAAUACUUCCGCCCGCGUUGACCGUCCAGGUGAGACUUUGUUGGCGCUCGGAGGAAAUUCUGGUCAUGAAGUGUCUUUCAGGACUCCUCACGCACCUUGUACUCCGGCGUAA